AUGACUAUCGCAAUGGCCGAGGGAACGACAAGAGUAACGCUCCUUCCUUUUUAUGGAGGCGGCAAAGGUCAGUCGUUACAGAUCGUAGAAAAUGCUAAUGGGACAGUGACAACCAACAUAAUCAAGACGCCAGAUCCAGACAAAGAUAACAAGGUAGAGGAAAUAAACCCAGCAGAGCUCGAAUAUCCACAGCUUCCGUCGAAAUUCGAGAAGAAAUUCGACGAUCACGUCAGACUGAUAAACAUGAAAGCUCUGAAUAUACUCUCUCUCCAAGACAAAGCAAAAAAGAAAGGACAACUCACUAAGGAGGAACAGCUGUUUUAUCAAGAGAACAUGGACGAAAUUUCUGAAGCAGCGGAACAGUUAACUAAAAUACAAGAAAAAUCAGAUCCGGACUUCGAGAACAGAGAAGGACUCAGCGCCUGGUUCGAAAAGAAAAAUAAGCUACAAGCGCAGAAAAGAGUGAACAAGACCACUGAGGUGAAAACGGAAAGUAACAACAAUGAGAAGAAUAAAGAACAGGAAACAAGUAAAUGGUGGAACAAAGUUGGUGAAGAUAGUAAAAAGGAAGAACAAGAGAAAAAAGAGAAGGAGAAAGAGGAGGAAAAAGGAGAAAAAGAAGAGGAGAAUGGGGACGAUACGGUUGAGAUAAAUCUUCCUCCAGAUAACGCUUCGGUUGCCGAAGCCAUGCCGGUUGGAUUAGCCGUAGCAGGAGAAGGCGGUAUAGCUGCAAGUAAACCAGUAGCCACAGCUGUUGUAGGACCCAAUGGCUUGGCUGUAGCUAGGCCAAUAGCUACGGCAAUAGCUGGAGUAGCUCCUGAUCAGGCCUUAGUUCCAAUUUACGCCGAAGGCUACGUUGGUAGUAAUAAGCCCAAGAGGAAUGGAUCUCAGAGCCCAAAACAGGGUGAUGCAGACGAGUUUUUGAAGAGAAUCAUUUCGAAAUUUCAUUCCAGUGCCAUACCCGAUCUCUCUUAG